UUCCGGCGGGGCCGUCCCUAGAGCAGAGAUGGCGGCGACAGGGGCCGGGGAUACAGCCUCUGGCUCUGGAGAGCCCCGGGAAGAGGCGGGAGCUCCAGGUCCUGCCUGGGAUGAGUCCCAACUACGAAGUUACAGCUUCCCGACCCGGCCCAUCCCACGUCUGAGCCAGAGCGACCCUCGGGCGGAAGAGCUCAUCGAAAAUGAGGAGCCUGUGGUGCUGACCGACACAAACCUUGUGUAUCCUGCUCUGAAGUGGGACCUAGAAUACCUGCAAGAGAAUAUUGGCAACGGGGAUUUCUCUGUUUACAGUGCCAGCACCCAUAAGUUCUUAUACUAUGAUGAAAAGAAGAUGGCUAAUUUCCAGAACUUUAAGCCAAGGUCCAGCAGGGAGGAAAUUAAAUUUCACGAGUUUGUUGAGAAACUUCAGGAUAUACAGCAGCGAGGGGGAGAAGAGCGGUUGUAUCUGCAGCAAACCCUCAAUGACACUGUGGGGAGGAAGAUUGUCAUGGACUUCUUGGGUUUUAACUGGAACUGGAUUAAUAAGCAACAAGGAAAACGUGGCUGGGGGCAGCUGACCUCUAACCUCCUGCUCAUCGGCAUGGAAGGAAAUGUGACACCUGCUCACUAUGAUGAGCAACAGAACUUCUUUGCCCAGAUCAAAGGCCAUAAGCGAUGCAUCUUAUUCCCUCCAGAUCAGUUUGAGUGCCUCUAUCCAUACCCUGUUCAUCAUCCUUGUGACAGGCAGAGCCAGGUGGACUUUGAUAAUCCUGACUACGAGAGUUUCCCUAAUUUCCGAAAUGUGGUUGGUUAUGAAACAGUGGUUGGCCCUGGUGAUGUUCUUUACAUCCCAAUGUACUGGUGGCACCACAUAGAGUCAUUACUAAAUGGGGGAAUAACCAUCACUGUGAACUUCUGGUAUAAGGGGGCUCCUACCCCUAAGAGAAUUGAAUAUCCUCUCAAAGCUCAUCAGAAAGUAGCCAUCAUGAGAAACAUUGAGAAGAUGCUUGGAGAGGCCUUGGGGAAUCCACAAGAGGUGGGGCCCUUGUUGAACACCAUGAUUAAAGGCCGUUACAACUAGCCUGCCAGAGGCCAAGGCCUCCUGUCAGGUGACUGCUAUCUCGUCCACAUGCUUCGUUGAUGAGGACAGGACACUCCAAGCACUAGUAUUGCACGCUGCACUUAAUGGACUGGACUCUUGCCAUGGCCCUGGAGGCAGGUGUUUGGGGCGAGGCAGGGUAGUUGACUCCACUCCCAUUUGGAACGAUUCUCACCCUUGCCUCUUGAGCCCCCGAACCUUCCCUCUUCGCCCCCCUAAAGUCCUGCAUUCAGUGUAUGGAGUCCCAGCUUCCGGUUGUCAUCAUGCCUGUGUUAGUCUGUCAA